CUCUCUCUCACUCAGUGACUUCCUCUCUCUCUCUCUCUCUCUCACAGAGAAAAAAAAGCUUCUUUUUCACUCCCUGAAAGAAAAGGAAAGCCAUUGAAGCUUCUCUCUCUCCCUCUCUGCUUUUUGGUAGAAAAAGCUGCAUUGUCGUUUGAAAAUGGCAGCGUCUGUAGCCCAAAGGUUUCAACUUUGAUUCACACCCUUGGGUUCAUACCUUCAUUUCUUCAGACCCCAAAUAUCCCCAAACCUCAAAACCCCAGAUCGUCGCAGCAACAUACCAUUCUUCUCAGCUCAAUCUGACCUUUUCUUCAGUCCAAAUCUCAGCUCAGAACUCAGAAGGCUCGGCGGAUCAUCAAUUCUGGAGAAUGGUCACUUGUUCCUAGGAAGAUCGAUGUCGUCGGACAUUCGCUAGGGUUUAAGUCCAACGCAGUUCUACUCACCUUUCGUGUCGAAAUAGCUAAAGAGUGAAUCUUUCCUGCUCAAUUCGGUUUUCCGAUUCGAUUCUGUAGCUCCGUUGACCGAUCCAUGGCGGAAUGCGGCUGUACGGGAGCCUCUGAUUCAGCAUUUCAGCCAUUCGAGGCUGCGGAUUGGUGAGGGUGUGUUGAGCAGAGUCUUGAAUUGGGCGGAUUGGUGGUGUGUGAGAGGAGGAGAAGGGGGGAUGGGAACGGAUCGUCUGCCAUUAGCGGCGGUGGGGCCACCGAUAAAGCGGCGAGCGGGGCUACGGAGGAAGCAGGCGGGCAGAGGCUCAUAUAGGGGAAGUUAGGGUAAGGAUUUUCGCGCCAAAAAAAAAAUUGUAAAUUGCACUGGGGGUUUUUUGAUUGCUUGGUGUUGUUGUUUUAGAGGUGGUUUAGGAAAUUAAGCAAAACAAAACAAAAAGGUUGGGAAUUUCGGAGAGGAGUGAGAGAUGGGGACUGACUUGCACCAAGCGCUGAGAAGCCUUUGUUUGAAUACGGAGUGGAACUAUGCAAUUUUCUGGAAACUGAAGCACCGGGCUCGAAUGGUGUUGACUUGGGAGGACGCUUACUAUGAUAACUGUGAGCAACAUGACAAUUCAGGGGAUGAAAGCUUUAUUAAGACACUGGAAGCAUUGCCUGGCGGCCAUAAUCCACACGAUCCCCUCGGACUAGCCGUGGCAAAAAUGUCGUAUCAUGUAUAUACUCUGGGGGAAGGAAUUGUUGGACAAGUGGCAAUUACUGGGAAGUAUCAGUGGAUCUUUGCAGAUAAUAUUGUGAGGCAUAACUGUUCACCGUCUGAGUACGGUGAUGGGUGGCACAGUCAAUUUUUAGCUGGCAUAAGGACCGUUGCCAUUGUAGCUGUUGUUCCACAUGGAGUUGUACAGCUUGGUUCUUUAAACAAAAUCACUGAAAAUGUGAAGCUGGUAUCACAUAUAAAAAAUGCUUUCAUGGCUCAAGAUUCCCCAGUACGGCGUAUCCAAUCUAGCAUAGACAGUUCAGGAUGUGAGGCAAUAUCUCCAACAAAUUUGGCUUCAGGGGCUUUUCCUGAUUGCUUGCAAGAUAUAGAUAAGGCCAUAAAUAUAAAAAAGUCGGAUAUAUGGUUGUCCGCCUUUCCCCAGUGUGGGAAAGACGAUGAUAGUUCUUAUAUGUUUCCAUUGACUCGCAAUCUCAAAAAUGCAGUUGAAGUGGUCAAUAAGCAUGGUGAACUUGAGUCAUCCAACAUAGGAGGUGAUGAGACUUCCAACAUAUCUCAGUCAAAAUCAAGUAUCUUCAAUUUGGGAAGUUGCAAAUUAGUAGGAAUGGAAUUACUUGAUAGCAGGAAGUGUACAGGGGAGAGUAGUGGCUGCAAAAAUUUGGGGAUGUCUUCCCCGAACAAUGCCACUUCAUUCUCUCAUGCUAAUGAUUGUGCAGACUUAUCUUCAACAUUUGUCAACUCUGACAGGGUUGAUUCGGACAAUAUAGAUUUUUACCGUAGUGAGGUGUUGCUGCAUGUAAAUGAACCCUCAGAUGUUAAGUUUCAGAACAACCUGGAAAAUCUGAAGUUUCAGGCUGAAACAGGUCAGGUGGACACAUCAAGUUCAUCUUUGAUGUUCCCUGCUGGCUGUGAGUUGCAUGAAGCACUUGGACCAUCUUUUAUGAAUAAGAGCAACUAUUUUGAUUGGGAAGCGGAGAAGAUUGGUGACAGAAUUACUGCUGAGAUGCCUGACGGAAUGAAUUCUAGCCAAUUGACUUCUGAUUCUUGCCCAGAACAUCUUCUCGAAGCUGUAGUGGCUAAAGUUUGCCAUAGUGGUAGUCAUGUUAAAAGUGAAAAAUCUUUCUGUAAAUCAAUGCAGUCUCUGUUGACAACUGAAAAGUAUCCAGAGCCUUCUAGCCAUACUACACAUACGCUUGAUUCAGAAAAUUAUUCCAUUGAUCAGCCGUCUAUGAGAGGAGAGGACACGCAACAAUGCUUGAGCUCAUCAGGGAGAUGUGGGGUGAUAUCCCCAAAAUGGUUUUCGUCACCUUGUCCAAGUGCUUGUAGUGAACAGCAGGAGAGGUCAUCAGGACCAGCUAAAAACAACAAGAAGAGGGCUAGACCUGGUGAGACUUCUAGACCUAGGCCGAGGGACAGACAAUUAAUCCAAGAUCGUAUCAAGGAACUGCGAGAGCUAACACCAAAUGGAGCAAAGUGCAGUAUUGAUUCACUGCUGGAGCGCACAAUCAAGCACAUGUUAUUUCUUCAGAGUAUCACUAAGCAUGCGGAUAAACUAAAUAAGUGUGCUGAUGCAAAGUUGUGUCCCAAGGAAACAAGCAUGCUAGGAUCCUCUAACCAUGAAAGGGGAUCGAGCUGGGCGGUGGAGGUGGGAGGCAAUCUAAAAGUGUGUUCAAUAGUAGUAGAGAAUCUGAACAAGAAUGGGCAGAUGGUUGUGGAGAUGAUGUGUGAAGAAUGCAGCCAUUUCCUUGAGAUUGCUGAAGCUAUAAGGAGCUUGGGUCUAACAAUUCUAAAAGGUGUAACAGAGGCCCGUGGUGACAAGACAUGGAUAUGUUUCAUAGUUGAGGGGCAGAACAACAGAAAUAUACACAGGAUGGAUAUCUUGUGGUCCCUUGUUCAGAUACUGCAGCCCGAGAACCCUAUUCAACAACAGCUAUAGCAUGUUUGGCUGGCCCUGGGAAUUGCACUCUAGGGUUCUUCUGUAAAUUACUGCAAAUCAUUUGUGAUCUGAUUGGUAUAUGUAUGUUUUUCCUUUUUCUGAUUGAACACCCACCCUUAAAUUCAAAAGAAAAGCAAGAAGCACCUAUAGGAGGUAGAAUGUAAGACUACAUAAUUUGCUAGGAGAUAUUUUCCCCCUU